CUAGCUACCUAACUAGCUCAAGGGCUGAUGAAUACUCACCACUGCUGUUGAAUUCCUUUGCUCCAGUGUAUUGAAGAAGGUAUGGCCUGGCAACUUGAUCAAAGCCUGUGAUCUUGCUGCCUCAAUGCAUCCAUGAUUGCACCACAGAUGCCGUCAGUCUCUUCUCCAAGGCAAUUUGAUAUCUGGCAGUCUCCUGCUCCACCUGACAGAACACAAAUUUAUCUAGUAUUACAUCCUUUAGUUUCAGUUCCUGCUGUCCCUUGCCAUCCAGUACCCCAAGGCUGUAAAGUUUCUCUGGGCAAUCCAGUACUGGCCCAGUUGUAGAAAUCUUCUUGAAGCCUUUGAUAUGAAAGAGCAACUCCGUUCAAUAUUAUCUUCUAUUCCGAGCCC